UCAAAGCUCCAAUAGAAAAAUGAGGUCUUUUAUGACGUUUCAUCUCUACUUUAAUUUCCAUAUGUUGGUCUAUUGCAUUCCAUUAGCAACAAUUGCUCUUUCUUUGAGUUCAAAGACUGAUAAGCUUGCUUUGCUUGCAUUGAAAGAAAAGCUUACAAAUGGUGCACCGGAUUCUCUUCCAUCAUGGAAUGAGUCUCUACAUUUUUGUGAAUGGGAGGGUGUAACAUGUGGUCGUCGUCAUAUGAGAGUUUCUGUCUUGCAUUUGGAGAAUCAAACAUUUGGUGGUACUCUUGGACCAUCUGUGGGAAAUUUAACAUUUCUAAGAAUACUACAACUUAAAAAUGUCAAUUUGUAUGGUAAAAUUCCAAGUCAAAUUGGUCGUUUAAAGCGAUUGCAAGUUCUUAACUUAAACGAUAACAAUCUUGAUGGCGAAAUUCCUAUGGAGCUCACAAAUUGCACAGCUAUCAAGGUAAUUUUCUUGCGCAGCAACCGACUCUCUGGAAGAAUUCCGACAUGGUUUGAGUCAAUGAUGCAACUUACUCAGUUGAAUCUCGGUGCCAAUAAUCUCUUUGGUACUAUUCCAUCUUCUCUAGGAAAUGUUUCAUCACUCCAAAAUUUAUCACUUGCACAAAAUCACUUGAAAGGAAGCAUACCUUAUUCCUUGGGUAUGUUGUCACGUUUAAAACUACUGAUUCUAGGUUCAAAUAAUUUGUCAGGUGAAAUCCCUCAUUCUCUUUACAACCUAUCAAAUAUUCAAGUUUUUGAUCUUGGGUCGAACAAGCUUUUGGGUAGUCUUCCAAAAAAUUUGAAUGUUGUUUUUCCCAAUCUUAUAGCAUUCUUGAUAGGAUACAACCAAAAAAUAAGUGGAACUUUUCCGUCUUCAUUAUCCAACCUCACUGAACUCCAAAUGUUGGAUAUAUCAUAUAAUGCUUUUUUUGGGUCAAUACCUCUUACUUUGGGUCAAUUAAAUAAACUUGAAUGGUUUAAUAUCGGAGGUAAUAAUUUUGGGAGUGGAGGAGCUCAUGAUUUAGAUUUUUUUUCAUCGUUAACCAAUUGUACUCAAUUGUCUAUGAUAUAUAUUUUUAACAAUAGUUUUAGUGGUGUGUUGCCAAAUCUUAUAGGAAACUUUUCCACCCAUCUCCGUUUGCUUAAUAUGGAGAAUAAUAAAAUAUAUGGAGUGAUACCGGAAAGAAUUGGACAACUUUUUGGUUUAACUGACUUAGAAAUUAGAAACAAUUUCCUUGAGGGAACAAUUCCAGAUUCAAUAGGAAAACUUAAGAAUAUAGUAUCAUUGGGCUUUGCUGAUAACAAAUUUUCCGGUAACAUCCCUAUAGUCAUUGGUAAUCUUACUAUGUUAUCCGAACUAGAUCUAUCUAGAAACAAAUUGGAAGGAAGCAUUCCAAUUUCAAUAAGAAAUUGCACCCAAUUGCAGAAGUUAAGUUUAUCUAGUAACAAAUUGAGUGGUUAUAUUCCCAAUCAAACAUUUGGUUAUCUAGAUGGUUUAAUAUAUCUUUACUUGUACAACAACUCGUUGACUGGUCCCAUUCCUUCAGAGUUUGGUAACUUAAACCAUCUUUCACAACUGUAUCUAAGCUUAAAUAAAUUGUCCGGUGAAAUUCCUAACGACUUAGCAUCUUGCAUAGCAUUGACACAACUUGGGCUGGGUGGAAACUUCUUCCAUGGAACUAUACCAUCGUUCUUGGGCUCCUCUUUAAGGUCCCUUGAAAUUUUAGAUCUUUCUAGAAAUAAUUUCUCAAGCACAAUCCCUUAUGAACUAGAAAAUCUAACAUAUUUGCAUAAGUUGGACUUGUCUUUUAAUAAUCUUUAUGGUGAGGUUCCUAUAGAAGGUGUCUUUAGCAAUGUCUCGGCAAUUUCACUAGCUAGAAACAAGAACCUUUGUGGAGGAAUACCUCAAUUGAAGCUUCCUACAUGUUCUAAAGUUUCUACCAAGAAACAUAAAAGAUCUCUCAAAAAGAAACUUAUCAUCAUCAUUAGUGUAAUUGGCGGAGUUUUGAUCUCUUUCAUAGCAUUUUUAAUCGUCUAUUUUGUCACGAGAAAGCCUAAAAUGUUACUUUCUUCACCAUCUUUGCAAAAUGGGAGCUUAAGGGUUACUUAUGGUGAUCUACAUGAUGCAACCAAUGGAUUUUCUUCAUCCAAUUUGGUAGGAACGGGAAGUUCUGGUUCUGUUUAUAAAGGGCAUCUUCUUCAUUUUGAUAGAGUUAUUGCUAUAAAAGUGUUGAAUCUUGAAACACAUGGUGCUGCAAAGAGUUUCAUGGCUGAAUGUAAAGCUCUAGGAAAGAUGAAGCAUCGGAAUCUUGUAAAGAUCAUAACUUGUUGUUCAAGUGCUGAUUAUAAGGGUGAAGAUUUCAAGGCUAUUGUUUUUGAGUUCAUGUCUAACGGGAGUUUGGAAAAUUUGUUGCACAACAGUGAAGAUGAGUCUAAAAAUCUUAGUCUAAACUUCACACAAAGGAUAGACAUUGCUCUUGAUGUAGCUAAUGCAUUGGAUUAUCUUCAUCAUAACGUAGAGCAAGUUGUAGUUCAUUGUGAUGUUAAACCAAGCAAUGUUCUUCUUGAUGAUACCCUUGUUGCCCACUUAGGAGACUUUGGCAUAGCUAAACUCAUUCACGGAGCCAUGGAGAAUUCCAGUAAAGCCCAAGUCAAUUCUUCCGCAAUUAAGGGAACUAUUGGAUAUGUUCCUCCAGAGUAUGGAGCAGGUGGUCAAGUAUCACCACAUGGAGAUAUCUACAGCUAUGGCAUUCUUCUGCUAGAGAUGCUCACUGCAAAGAGACCAACAGAUAGCAUGUUUUAUGAUAAUCUAAAUCUACACAAAUUCUGCAAGAUGAAAAUUCCAGAAGAAAUUCUCAAGAUAGUGGAUUCAAGUUUGCUUAUGCCAUUUUCUGAAGAUCAGAAAUUUGUUGUGAAAAACAACAUUAAAGAGUGUCUAGUGAUGUUUGCUAAAAUAGGAAUUGCGUGUUCUGAAGAAUUUCCUACUCAGCGAAUGAUCAUAAAAGAUGUUAUAAUGAAGUUGCUUGAAAUUAAACAGAAGUUGACAUGCUAGAAACUAUUAUUCAGCCAAUGUUAUUUUGGUUAGUCUUUUAGUUCUAGCUUUAAGUUUUAUUGUGUUUAUUUCUCUGCUUUUGCAGUGUUUUCUAAUCCUUAACGCGUUCUUUUUGUAUAGCUUGUAAUCGAGUUUGCCUUGAGUUAAAUAAAAUUUUAAGUGAGAUGAAA